AUGUCUGCAGACCUCAACACGAGACCUGAUCCAAACAGAGAGAUGUCCCCUCAACCUGGCCCCCCGCCGCCCUUGCCUCCCAGAUGUCACAAGCUGUCGGAGCAUCCCCCUCCACCCAGGACGACGCAGACAAUCACAAGGACGGGGAUAAGCUCAAAGACAGGGGACAAGGGGAAGAAGAAGACGAAGAAGUUCGAGCGACAGAAGCAACAAUCGUCCUUCUACCACAACAUCGACUGUAAGACAGACUCGCCAGAUGAACAACCGAAAGCAGGCGACGAAGACCAGGAGGCUAAGGACGACCAAGACGAGUCUGGGAAUGACGAGUACGAGGAAAUCGACGAAACUCUGUUGGGUGACCCAAGACUGGGGCCAGAAGGUGGCGUGGACCAGGAAUCGAGGACACGUGACAAGAAAGCUGGGCGCGAGGCGUCUGACGACAAGCCCACUAUGUGGGUUCUUCCUCAGCAGACAGUUCCGGAAUCAUCCAGAAAAUCAGAGGAGAGAUUACUUCAAGCACAGCGUCCAGAUGUCAAAGGUCAUUCGUCUCCCAACAAGCCGCCUGAAUACGGCACGACUUCCGGUACGAAAACAGCAGAAAACAUAAGCAACAUGUCUGUCAAGGAGCUGUGCGCAUGUCUGAAGAAGUGCGGCAUGGGCCGCCUGGCCGAGGUGUGCGAGAAGAACAUUCUGGACGGAAGUUUCCUGGACUCCACUCCUGACAAGACGCUGACAAACGAACCGUUCUGCUUGAGCUCCUUUGACCUCCUGAAGCUCAAGCAGAUCAAAGAGGGAUGGCGGCCUAACGUUGGGCGAUGAACCACUCACCUCGGCUUUACACUUUGAGUGACAAGAGACAGUUCUGUGUUGUUUUUUUCUUGGAAAGCAAUUAGGUCUUGUCUUCAUCAUCAUCAUCAUCAUCAACAACAACAACAACAGUAUGAAAUAUGUAUAGUUCAUAUAACAAAUAUAUAAUUUAUAAUAUUUUAUUAAAUACUAUAAUAUACUAGCAAAAAGCUGAUGACGAGGCAGUACGAUGUCAGAAGAAAGGUGAUUGACCUGAUUGACCACUCCCAGGCAUCCUGUCUCUCGGCUACUCUCCUCAUUUUUCCUGUUUUUAUUUUUUAAUUCAUUCAUUAUUUUUUUAUGCUCUUCCUGGUCGAACUUGUUGAAAAUAUAGUAUUAAGUGCAUACGAGAGUGCAUGCGUGUGUGUGUGUGCGAGCGUGCAUGUAUGCAUAUAUACACGUGUUGGAUCAAAUGACUUUUUGUCGUUUAAAGCGUUUUACAGAGAUAGAAUAUUAAACACCUGUGUGCAAAUAAA